GAAGGAUAAGGCUCGAUCUGAUUUAAUUGACGCAAAACAGUUGAACUGUUACGAUAUGAAAUGUGUGUGAUACUGUUCUAUUGUGUGACGUUGCGAUCGAACGAAGGAUCGUCCUUUAGUGAAGAAUAGUGAUAUUUCGAAGAAUUUUGGAAAAAUUAGAUCUGUUUGCGGAUACUUUUCUCGGGUGCUUUUCAUUUCGGAAACGUCGAACGAAGAGGUCAUGCGAUUACAGAGUGGGUUCUGGAUGUGCUGGUCGACGCUCUGUUGCGCGUUGCUGUGCACGACCGAGGUCAGCGCGAAAGCUCGACAGGGCAGAGGACGAGGCAGUAUGUGGUGGGGAAUUGCGAAAGCUGGCGAACCAAACAAUAAAGCUCCUCUGUCGCCCGGAAUGAUGUACAUGGAUCCCGCCAUCCACGCGACUCUGCGCCGGAAGCAGAGACGCCUGGCGCGGGACAAUCCUGGUGUCCUGGUCGCAGUGGCUCAAGGAGCCAGCCUUGCCGUGCAAGAAUGUCAACAUCAGUUUCGGGACAGACGAUGGAAUUGUACGACCAGAAAUUUUUUAAGGGGCAAAAACUUAUUUGGAAAGAUCGUAGAUAGAGGUUGCAGAGAAACUGCAUUUAUUUAUGCUAUAACGAGUGCAGCAGUUACGCACACAAUCGCGAGAGCCUGCAGCGAAGGAAGUAUAGAAUCCUGUACGUGCGAUUACAGUCACCGAGGAAGAUCACCUCAUAUAAGCAGUCAUGGAGCAGUUGCAGGUGUUAAGGACUGGGAGUGGGGUGGUUGCUCUGAUAAUAUUGGAUAUGGAUUCAGAUUUUCGAGAGAGUUUGUAGACACGGGAGAACGAGGAAGAAAUCUUCGUGAAAAAAUGAAUUUGCAUAACAAUGAAGCAGGAAGAGCGCACGUGCGAUCGGAGAUGCGACAGGAAUGCAAAUGUCACGGAAUGUCUGGAUCGUGCGCAGUGAAGACUUGCUGGAUGCGGCUUGCGAACUUCCGCAAGAUCGGAGACAACUUAAAAGACCGCUUUGAUGGAGCAUCUCGCGUGCUUGUUGGUAACAACCAUAGAAGUUCGGGCAGCGGGCACAGUUCCGGGGGCAACGGAGCCAACAAUAACCGAGCAGGGCCGAUGAGCAACGUGGCCGGACAGGCGGGAAGACGCGGCGGAUCGUCAGGAGUCAACAAGAAGUUUGAUCGGUACAACAUACUAUUGAGACCUCACAGGCCCGAGCACAAGGACCCGGGUAUCAAAGACCUGGUCUACUUCGAAUCCAGCCCCGGAUUCUGUGAGAAGAAUCCGCGUCUCGGUAUCCAGGGCACGCACGGUAGACAAUGCAACGACACAUCCAUCGGAGUGGAUGGUUGCGACCUGAUGUGUUGCGGACGAGGCUACAGAACUCAAGAAGUGCAAGUGAUUGAACGCUGCAAUUGCAUAUUCGAAUGGUGCUGUAAAGUCAAGUGCAGUUGGUGUCGUAUAAAACGGACAAUACAUACAUGUUUGUAG